CACGUCAGAAAAAUGGUAAUGAUGCGAAUUGUGAACGUGUCGUACAUGUCAAGGGGGAUAUCUUUUAAAUAGAUUUAGCAAGGCUUUAGGUUAGAAAUUUUAGACAAUCAAUCAGUAUCUAUUAAAGCAUUUUGUAUAAUUAUGGCUGAAGCUCCCAGUGAAAAACUAUCAAAGAAUGAGUUGAAACGUCGAAUGAAAGCUGAGCAAAAGUUAAAAGAGAAGGCGGAAAAGGCUGCACAACAACCGGCUCCAACUGUAGAAAAGAAAUCCACAAAAGCUGAUGAAGACAUAAGCCCGAAUGAAUACUAUAAAAUACGAUCGGCGGCUGUUGCUGCACUUAAAAGUGGCGAAAGAGAAGAUCAUCCAUAUCCACAUAAAUUUACAGUGACAACAUCAUUAGAAGCCUUUAUUGACAAAUACAAUUCCUUGAAUAGUGGGGAAAUAUUAGAAAAUGUUACUGUAUCUGUUGCUGGCAGAAUUCAUUCCAUUCGUGAGUCUGGAGCCAAAUUAAUAUUUUACGACUUAAGAGCAGAAGGUGUCAAAAUACAGGUUAUGGCUAAUGCUAAAAUGUAUGAAUCUGAAGAGAAAUUUGUCAAGGACACUGAUAAAUUGGGAAGAGGAGACAUCAUUGGUUGUGUUGGUCAUCCGGGAAAGACUAAAAAAGGGGAAUUAUCUAUAAUACCUAAUACCAUCAAACUUUUGUCACCAUGCCUGCAUAUGUUACCUCACUUACAUUUUGGUCUUAAAGAUAAAGAAACAAGGUUUCGAAAGAGGUAUCUAGAUCUUAUUUUGAAUGAUAAGGUGAGGCAAACUUUCUACACAAGAGCAAAAAUCAUAUCGUAUAUCAGACGGUUUUUGGACACUAUGGGUUUCUUAGAAAUUGAAACACCAAUGAUGAAUAUGAUACCCGGAGGAGCUACUGCCAAACCUUUUGUCACACAUCACAAUGAACUUAACAUGGACCUAUACAUGAGGAUAGCACCUGAAUUGUAUCAUAAGAUGUUAGUUGUUGGUGGAUUGGAUCGGGUGUACGAAAUUGGUAGACAAUUCAGGAACGAAGGCAUUGAUUUAACACAUAACCCAGAAUUCACAACAUGUGAAUUUUAUAUGGCUUAUGCGGAUUACAAUGAUCUUAUAACCAUAACGGAGACUAUGAUUUCUGGAAUGGUUAAGAGUAUUCAUGGUAGUUAUAAGGUUAUCUAUCAUCCGGAUGGUCCCGAAGGCAAAGAGGUUGAAAUUGACUUUACACCACCGUUUGCCCGAAUGCCUAUGAUUGCAACAUUGGAGAAAGUACUUGGUGUCAAACUUCCUCCAGCUGAUAAGUUGGACACUACAGAAGCUAAUACUCUUCUAAGUGAUUUGUGUGUUAAACAUGAGGUAGAAUGUCCUCCGCCCAGGACUACAGCCAGGCUACUAGACAAACUAGUUGGCGAGUUCCUUGAAGAGAAAUGCAUUAAUCCGACCUUCAUAUUAGAUCAUCCACAAAUCAUGAGUCCAUUGUCUAAAUACCACAGGGAUAUGCCGGGACUUACUGAAAGGUUUGAGUUGUUUGUAAUGAAGAAAGAAAUAUGCAAUGCAUACACUGAGUUGAACGAUCCAGCGACACAGCGGGAGCGAUUCGAGCAGCAGGCCAAGGACCGCGCUGCCGGAGAUGACGAGACCCCGCCCACUGAUGAGGCGUUCUGCACCGCGCUCGAGUACGGUCUACCGCCCACUGCCGGCUGGGGCCUCGGUGUCGAUAGGUUCACUAUGUUCAUGACAGACUCCAAUAACAUUAAAGAAGUGUUGCUGUUCCCAGCCAUGAAACCGGACGAUCCUAACAAGCAUCAAAAUGAAAAUGAACCUGAAGGGUCUUCCGUUCAAAAUGGAACCCAGUAAUAUUUAAUUAUAUUAAUGUUUUAAAGUGUGUUUAACUGAACCAUGUACUUUGCAUUA